GCGGCGUAGGAAUCCGGGAUGUGAUUUUACCGAAAGUCAGGAAUUAUCUGGAUUUUUGUGAUUUUUUUUUCUUAAUCGUUUUUAAUCUUCGCACAGCGCGAAACUGACACUUAAGACAACACAUAUGUGUGUGCUUUCUGUAUCUGCGUUUGUAUAGAGACGGAAUCCUUGUUGUGCACUUUUUGGUGGAAAAAGAACGGCUAAAAACUACUGAAUUUCGGAAAACAUGGAGACAAGAAGGGAAGGACCCGACUAGAGCAAAGUUUCCAAACAAAUUAUUCCACGAAAAGAGGGAUUCCGUGCGCGAGAGGAAAAUAUGUGUGGCGCAUCCGUCAACUUUGGAUUGUAUUUCACUGCCGCUUUGAUACGACGCUGUUUUGAGCAGAAUUCCUGAAAUUGGGAACUACACCGCUGCUCCUAGCUCAAACAGCCAACGAUCUGUAAAGUUUUCUCCCUGUGUUAUAGCGGAAAAUGUGGGAAUUCUGGGAGUUGGACUAGGUUGUGGACAGAAAUUACGAUGAUAUGUUGAACACUGUGGAUGCUUUAAUCCACCCGUUGAACGAAUUUUCCCCACAUUUCCUCACAUUGGAGUGGUCAGGAUACAUUCUUCUGGAGGAAAAAGUCUUUUCAGCGUGUUGGGGGCCUAAAAAGAUGUAUCUUUAGUUCACAGACUUACCAGUUCAUCAUUUAUUUGCAAAUUGACGUUUUUUGCAGUACGAAAUAUUCCGUGUAUGGGAUUAGGUUCAGUUGAGGAAUGUCGAGUUGGACGUAUUUCAGUGAGGGAAAUGAUAGAAAGCCGUCGAGACGUACAAAGUAGCAUUUGAGACUGUAAAAUGAGCGAAGAGCUUUUGGACUGAAGCGAAAUGCAGCCGGGCGGUCUCGUUCCUUCCUAAGGCAUCAAAUUAACUAAAUAUUGCUUUUCUGGCUUGACUUCCAGCGCUGGUUUGGGAUUGAAAGGGGGUGACUGUGUCCAGACAUAGGCGAGGGAAGCCUGUCGGUCUGUGUGGUGGCAUUCUGGCUGGGAAAAUGAUGAAGCGUCUCAAACAGGCAGAAAGAGUUGUUCUCCAUUGAUCAUCUGUGUUUGCGUUUCGCAUCGAUUUUCUUUCGCUAGCUCUUGUGUUGUGUACGGUCAAAUGACCCAGACUACUGAAACCAACCCAGACAAAACGUGGAAAUAUAAAACAUAAGCUUCUUUGCUUUCAUCCAAGAGGAAACAUUCCCAUACACAUCAAGACGGAACUGUCAAAAUCCACCCAAUUGUUUUUUGUUUAUUAUUUUUCUUUCAAACACAAAUGUGUUUUACCAUGGUAAAAUGCUAAUUGGAUAAGAGCUGAAGAAAAUCAAGAAAGGAAAGCCCAAUGAGCGGCACACAGUCCACGCUUGCUGAGAGGUUUCCCAAAAAAGCGAGCAGGACAGGAAGUAUUCUCAGCAAGGACCAUCCCCCAGAUAAAAAGCCCAAAAGCGACAAGGCGUCAGUCCCCCUCUCGCAUGAGUUUGACCCCACAGGGCUUGUGCAGCGUUGUGUUAUCAUCCAGAAAGAUGAGAAUGGCUUUGGGCUGACAGUGAGCGGCGAUAACCCUGUGUUUGUACAGCUUGUAAAAGAGGAUGGAGCUGCCAUGCGAGCUGGUGUUCAGACUGGUGACCGGAUCAUAAAGGUCAAUGGGACGUUAGUUACACAUUCAAAUCAUGUAGAAGUUGUAAAGCUAAUAAAAUCGGGUUCGUAUGUGGCCCUGACGGUGCUGGGGAGACCGCCGGGCCUGCCUCAGAUCCCCCUGUCAGACGGCGAGGGGGAAGAAGGGCCUCUGUUCUCUCUCAGCUCCCCUCACUCCCCAGGGCCCAUCGGACCCGAGCGCUCCUGUUCCUCCCCCAGCCCCUCAGAGCGAAAAGCAGCCUCUCUGCCUCUAUGGGCCAUGACAGAGGACUACAGAAACCCUACAUCUAAACUACUGAAGGAAAUCCAGGACGCCAAGAAGCACAUUCCACAGAACCAGGAGCAGCUCAGCAAACCCACUGCUACUGGACAGGAUGGAUCUGUAUCUCCGAGACCAGGUGAAGGAGAGCUGGAGGAUGGAGGUGGAGAUUUGGAUAGACCCCCUUCCUGGCAGGGUGAUGCUGGGACGGAGCCAUUGUGGACCAACAAUAACACGACUCCUGUCACUCCUUAUCCUUUCCCAGAGAUCCCAUGCCAAAGAGAGACACCCUGCCACAGCCCAAAGACCACACCUCGAGACGGAUUCAACUCCUUACCCUCGCCGGAUGCAGAAGACACACCUGACCAAGAUUCUCAGUCAAGUGUAGGGAGCCCUUCCUCUCGUCCUGUAGCACACAUCAUCGGUGCUGAGGAUGAAGACUUUGACACGGAGCAGGAACAGAUGAAUGGCCAGUGUAGCUGUUUUCAGAGCAUAGACCUCCUGAAAUCUCGGCCUGCUCACCUGGCAGCUUUCAUCCAUCACGUGGUCUCUCAGUUUGACCCUGCGCCGCUGCUGUGCUACCUCUACGCUGAUCUUUACAAACAAACCAGCACCAAAGAGACACGACGAAUCCUCAUGGAUACCUUCUUCAUAGACAAAACAGCUAACUUGAAAGUAGCAGUACCCGAAUCCAUCAUCUCUGACCUGGAGCGGACUGCACACUCAAUCAAUGCAGAGCGGAAGAGGCCGGAGCCAAUCUCAGAGGACGUACACCGACAAUAUGUGCAGCAACUGCAGGACACCCUUCUAACUGACAUUCAGAAGAACCUAGAAGACUUCAGACACAAGCGCAGUAUGGGUCUGACAUUGGCUGAAGCUGAACUAGCCCGUCUGGAUACAGAGAGAAUGAGAGAUCGUGUCGCUUUGGAAAAAGAGCGAUCCUGUGCAGAGCACAUCCUUUCUAAGAUAGAGGAAGUCCUAUUGACGUCACAGGCCACAGAGGAAGAUAAGUGUAGCACAAUGCAAUUUGUGAUACUAUCGUAUAUGAAACAACUUGGUGUGAAAGUGAAGGAGUCACGAGGGCUGGACCACAAACCCAAACUAAUGAAUCCAUUCCAUAAGAUAAAGAAAAGUAUGAAGCCCGAGAAGGACGGAAGUGAGGAGAAAGCAAAGAAAACAAUAUUUUCUAAUGUCUUUCCUCAAAGACGACCAAGCAAGAUUGACGCUUCAUCACUCAGCAAAGCUCUAGAGCCGAAGCAGCGUCCGGCAAAGCCUCAGCUGCCUCUGGGCACUGGAGAGCAGGCAGAUGGGUCAUCUCCUCCUAUACGGGGCAGUCAGUCCAGCGAGGGCUCAGAUGGCACCAAUGCCCUGAUCAUGUCACCGCCUUACAGCGCUCCAGCAGGACAGGGCACAGACGCCAUCAACCGAGAGUCUGAGACAGGGGGACUUCCCUCUUCUGCACUGGCCAGGCUGGGAGAGGGCACUGUCUCAGGGGAUUCGCAGGACUCUUCGUCUUUAAACACUCACUUUGACUUCAGCACUUGCACACUGGAGAAUCUACAGGAGGAGGAAGCUGAGACCGAAAAGAUGCAGGACUCUGGCACCCCCAGGCCUGACAGGAGCAGGUUGGAUCCACUGGGCUCUGGAGAGGUGCAGAGUGAAGAUGAUCAGUGUGUUGAAGCCGAGCUCGAGCCUCCAAACUGGCAGACACUAGUGAGCAGAGAAAUCCUGUCCACACUCACGCCUCAGGAAAUUAAGAGACAGGAAGUCAUCAAUGAGCUGUUCUACACGGAGCGAGCACACGUUCGAAUGAUGAAGGUUCUGGAGAAUUUAUUUUACCAGCCGCUAAUCAGAGACGCCAUCCUUCCUCCCGCAGACAUCAAAAACAUCUUCAGCAACCUGGAGGAGAUCGUUCAGCUGCACUUGUCUUUAACCGAACAAAUGGCCGCCGUACGGAAGAAGAACGAGACCGCUCUCAUUGACUCAAUAGGAGAUGAUCUACUUUCCUGGUUUAGUGAAGAAGAGGAGGAUAAGAUCAAGAGAGCGGUAGGCACAUACUGCAGUAACCAGCCCUUCGCCCUGGAGCUCAUCAAGAGCAAGCAGAAGAAAGACCAGCGCUUCAAUGCCUUCAUACAGGAGGCUGAGAGCAACCGUCAUUGUCGCAGGCUGCAGUUAAAAGACAUUAUUCCUGUGGAGACGUUACGACUCACAAAGUAUCCGCUUCUGCUGGAGAACAUCGCCAAAUACACAGAGGACACAGAGGAGAGAAGUAAAGUGAAACGGGCUGGCGAAUGCUGCAGAAAGAUCCUCACUCACGUGAACCAGGAGGUGAAGGAAGCCGAAAACAAGCAGAGAUUGGAGGACUACCAGAGACGACUAGACCUGUCCUCACUGAAGCAGAGUGAAAACACCAUGAUCGCAGAGUUUAAGAGCUUGGACUUGACCAAGAGGAAGAUGGUGCAUGAGGGGCCGCUGUCCUGGAAGGUCAACAAAGACAAGACCAUUGAGCUGUACACGUUGCUGCUGGAGGAUAUAUUGGUGCUACUUCAAAGGCAGGAUGAGAAGCUGAUCUUAAAAUGCCACAGUAAGAAUCUGGCGGGCACCGCUGAGACCAAACACAUCUUCAGCCCCAUCAUCAAGCUCAGCACUGUGAUGGUGCGCUCCGUUGCCACCGACAACAGGUCGUUCUUUGUGCUGUCCAUGUCUGAUAAUGGAGCUCAGAUCUAUGAGCUGAUGGCCCAGACCGUAUCAGAGCAAAAGACGUGGCAGUGUCUGAUCACACAAAGAGCAGACUGCAUGAAGACCAAACUAGACAACAUCAUUCCAUUACCUCAGGCUGACGGGGAACGUGAAGAGGUGGAGUUGAUCAACUCUGGUGUUCAGAAGCUAAGCAAAGACACUGAACCCAUUACUUUAGCGAGCAUCCAGUCUCCAGUAGAAAAAGACGACACUGAGGUCAUCCCAACCCCACCACCGAGCACCAACCCCUUUGAGACCAAAUCUGACGAGGAGGCUGAAGAAGAGGAGGAAAACUCUCUCCAGGACCAGGCUGAAGACGAUGAAGCGUUUGUUGUGGCAGAUCCGAGUGAUCGACUGACGUUCCUGAAGCAGCGCUGCAGACUCGGCAUCGCCAUUGAUGAGGACGAGGCUGAGGCCUUCGAGCUGCAGCCGCUUAUAGCUGAUGAAGCUCUCAGGACACUGGCAACAUUGAGGCAACUCCUGAUCAACCAGUUUUCCGGUCAGGAGGACGCAGACAGAGAGAACAAGAGUGAAGAUCAACAGGAGCAUAUAGAGAGGACGUGUCCUCAGCAGGGCUCAGACGACAGCGAUGUGAACCGGUCUACACUUGAGAACGGCUCAGACAGAGGAGAGAAUCCACAGGAGCUGCCAUCCGGAGACACCGGCUUCUUUGAGACGUCUGAAGAUUGUGUGUCUGCAGGCACUUAUAUGGUGCUGGAGGUGUUUGGAGGCUCAGGCGAGAGCAGCACAGAUGACGAUGCGCAGGGCUGCAGUGUGGAGCCCGUGGCUGGAGGAGAUUCAGGCAUCGACUUGAAGAAGCUCCUGUCUUCAUCUUCGCAGAGCACUGAAGGACCCAACAUCAACAGACAGAUCAUGACACACUUACGUCUACUACAGCGCAACCUGCAGCAGCUGAAGGAGACCGAAAUCAAGUAUAACCAGCUACGCCAAAGGCUAUCAGAGGAAACAGCUACUGACACAGAGGAAAACACAGAUAAAAGUUAGUGAAGCGGAGCUGUUGUUCUGUUUAUUGAGAUUGGAGGACACAGAGCUGCUCCUCCUCCAACAGCAGAUACACAGACUGAAUGACCAGGAGAUCUGGAGUUUGUUUGCUCCAAACAUCUGUCCGUCUGCACACCAGCAUAUAGACGAGUGCAUAUCAUGUUGCUCACAAACACGUUUCAUCACCUCUCACUUCAUUCAGAAGAUAAAGAAAAACAUCGCUGUCCUGAUGAAGCAGGCCGAAUGAGAAGAAAACCACAGCAUUUGAGGGUAAACUUGAGCAUUGAUCUGUAAAUCUCCCCCCAGGUUGAAUGAUUGUUUUUCCCGAAGUUUGAUUGGGUGGCAUUAAUCAUUAUUAGCCAAUGAAAGUCCAGCAUGAGUGGUUGGUAAGGUAGUGCCACAGAUCUCACAAGAGCAGUGAGUUCACAUAAACUGAAUGCCAGACUAGUGUUCGGCAUGCGGUGUAUGUGACGUUAUUGAUUUGACAUGAGCGGCGAAUGGUGUUGAACGUCCUGUAAUGCUGGAACAGGUGAUUAGAGCCGUGUGGAGUAUACUAACGGCGAAUGAAACUAGCGUGAGGAUGAUGAUUGUGGUGGUGUCUCUCCUCAUUCCUCCUCUCUUAAUAAACCACAUGCUAUUUAAUGAAGCUACUGAAAGCGUUUUCUCGGGCUUGCGGCCGUGGGAAGAGCAGACCUUUUGUAAUGUCGUCGGGUUUGGGCUGAUGUGACCCUUUCCGAUUUACUUGGUUUUAAGAAUGAAGUUGAAUAGAAAGAAGCUUCAGUGCAGGAACUUGAUGAAGACCCUUAACGGUCUAUUUUAAAUGUAAUGUAUUGUACAAUUAUGACCAACACUGCAUCUCUUACAGAGACUCGAUUUAUUAUUUUAUUUCUUCUUUUGCAUCUAAAGCGUUCAGUCAUGUAUUAUUUUAACAGAAACUACUAAAAAAAAAGAAAGAAGAGAAAUGAAAGACUGCAAGGUAUCCUUUAAUAUUAAUGUAAUCUGUAUUUUUAUUCUUCUGUCUAGACGUUUGAGGUAUUUUAUUAUAUUAUUGAACAUUAAUAUGGUCUUGGCGUUCUGUUGAGAACAUGAAAUAGCUCUAAUAGACGAGAUUCUAUUCAAUUUGACUGAACUGACGUAUUGUUCGAAAUGGGAAGUUGCACAUUGUGUCUUCAUUUGAUCACAUUUACCUUUUGCGGAGAGUGGGAAGGAUGUUUUGGAUUUUUGACCAAAAAGGAAAUUACACAAACAUCUGUAGCAAAAAAAUGUAUUCAAUAAACUGGAAACACAAACA